AUGACCGAAUCGGCCAAAUUGGAGUCGCGGUACACGUCCCCCGCACGUGCAGGCUUGACCGUUGAUUUUCUUAGCUUCUUUGGCAUCUCAACUUCCGCCCUUGUUUACAUCCAGACUUCGCGUUUACGUUCAAACUAUGUCAUGGCGUCUCUAUUCACCAAACGUCUGACCUGCUUUUACUGUGGGCGGCGGUCUGCCUCUCAGUGGCCUGUUCGCAAUUUCCGAUGUGAACAUUGCGAGGCCGACAACUUUCUCGACGAGAAAGGAGAAAUCACCGAUCCACCAGCUGCUGUCACCAACGCCGAAGGUGACGUGCCUGGCGCAUCAAGCCAACACUCCGAAGCCGCCGACCUGAAAGAGUCCCCGUUAUUUUGCUCCAAGUGUACUCGCAACCAACACCUAUUCACGAGCUCAUUGGCGUCAUAUUUCCCUCCAUCCGAUGAUCCGACAGAUGCCGAGUACGAACGUGGAUAUGCAGACUUUCGCAAACGCCUCGAGGACCGUUAUCCCCAGAUCUGCGAGUCCUGUGAACCUCGCGUGAAAAAUCGGAUUCGAAGAGCCGGUUAUGAAGCCAAAUCAGAUCAUCUCAGACGCAUGAUGGACCAGAGUCGUGCGAAUCGCGAAGCACGACAGGUUAGGAACCGGAGCUGGAGGAGCUUGCUUCUUUAUGCCGGUGCGCUUGCGCACUGGGCCAGUAUUUCUGGUCAAGUUGCAUGGGAUUUGGUCAGUGCAAUGACACUUUAUCAGAAACCGGAGAACCUCGAUGGAUCAUCGGUUUAUUCCGAACUGCCCAUGGCUCCCACCUUCUCAAGCUGCACCAAGCAAACCUUGUCUAUGUGGCGUAUUCCAAGCGAAUGUGUGAUUGACCUAGCACCAGCUGCAGGUCUAGCAUUGAUCGCAGGUGCUCUUUCGCUUUGGUGGAAUCCCAAGUUGCGCCUCAAAAUAGAUGGGAUGCCUGGCAAGUUCAAGGGCCUUGCAGAAUAUUAUCAAGCCCAAUUGAUUGUUCUAGUGGCUCGGUGCGCUUUCUGGGCAGUUCUCAAGGACCCUUCGGCUAGCGGCUUGAAUCCUAGCAUGUCUCCGGCCUUGCAUGGUCUAAUGAUAGCUUUCACUUUACUGUCACUCUCAUACUCUCGAUACGUCGUGCAAUAUUCUAGUCGUCCACUUGUCAAUUGGUCCGACAAUAGCUGGGAAAAUCAACUCCAAGGUGCCAAAUCGUCUUCUGAAACGCCUGAGUCACCAGUUGUCUCGCCCCAGGCCACCAAUCUGAAUGCCUUCCGUACGAACGGUGGAGGCAGUCAGCGUUUCCCAAUUGAAAAGCUAGCCUCAGCUCCGGCACCAGUAGAGGAGUCGCGAGAAAUCGUCCCCGUUGUGGAGAAAGACAGCAUGGAUUGGACCCCUUCUACCACGCACAAUCUCCGUCCAACUAUUCAACAGCGGAGCAAGCCAUCUGUCCUCAAUAGCCCACAUCCCUUCCACGGGCAGGUUCCAGCGGCCCCGAUGGCUCCCUCAUGGAAGCUUCGCGUUCAGCCGUCAACAAAGCCUAUUGAGCAAGUGGUUCAGCCUAACCCGUUCCACCGCAGCCCUUCGCAAACACAAGCUCCAGGCCGACAACCGCCUGCUGACACCGAACCAGUUUUCAAGCCACCCAAAUUUUUCGCUCCAGGGGAUUUUGACACUUCCACUGGAUUGGAAACACUGUUUGACAGAGCCUUCAAUUUUCAACCCGAGGAUCCCAGACCUGGUUGGUCUGAAGACGGCCAAAAGAAUUCUAUCAGUCGCAUCCAGACACCGAAUCAUUUGUUCUAUGGAUAUCUGCGACUUGUCUUGUUAGUCGGGUUCAUCAGUGCUUGGACCUUCUCUCAAAACCGCCAGGUGUUCAUUCCCGGAAACUACGUGGAGAUCGCUGCUUUGGGAGCUGCGAGUCUUGUUGCCGGAUUCGCUCUGAUCAGUAUGGUCAAGAGACCUCUUGCGCAGUGGAACGGCAUGGAAAUACUGAUUUCCAUCACCGAACUGGUUGCGGCCGUCCAUAUGGGUGCCCAUCUGCCGACUGCUUCGUUUGACCGAGACUACUUUGAUCGCUACGGCAAGCUUCUCUUGAUGUUCAUGGCCAUACAGGAGGCUAUGCGCGUAGGCUCCUUCUACACGGCUGCCAUGAUGGAAAGUCGAAACCCACCAUCAGAACCAGCAUUGUCACAGUCAGGGACGCCGCAACUGAACCAGCAAGGUGCUAUCGAAUGGCCCUCCAACAGAUCACCACCCGUAUCCCCCCCCGGAAUCUCGAGUCAGCAGUCCCCCCUUGCCUAUGCAUCGAUCACCUCUGCGCCUCCACUUUCCUUUUGCACAACCGAACCAAGCUCUAGCUUCUCAUCGGCACUACCCUCUGUGUCAAACUCUAGCUUCUCAUCAGCACUACCCUCUGUCUCAAACUUUGGGCUUUCUUCAUCUCAGACUGUCCCUUCUUUCUCUGCCGCUCAGACUCCAAAACGAAACCCCCAUAGCUUCACCAUGGAGUCUUUGAAGAUGAGCGACCCUCCAUCUGAUUAUGAUCAAGAUUCAGACAGCGAGACUGUCGCUACCGCCACUACCAGUGGUACCAACAUGACCAACCGCAACAUUCGGUAUGGCUACAACCCCAGCCUCGGUCACAGCUCCAUGUUCUCGCCCCGACGCAAUGGACUAGGCUCAGGAAUAGGAGGGUUGAGCUUGGAUGAUAACCCAACUCCCCGCCGCAUGACUCGCAGCCAGACCCAGCACGGGGUACUUGGUCGGGCCCAGCCCAACUACAUUCGGUAA